AUGGACCACGGACCCGGAAUUCACCAAAAUGGAAAGCACGGCGAGGUGAACGGCAACGACGAGAAUGUGCUCCAGAUGGACUACACGACCGAAUUCCCCGGACUACCCGCCGCUACGCAGGGCAAGCCAGCAGCUGGCGCCUGGGGUCAGCCUCGUGCCGCUGUUCGUUCUACUACCGUGUCCCAGGUCUACACCCUCACCCCGGACCAGCGUGCCUCCAAGUCGAUGAAACAAUUCGGAAAUGAGGAACAGAAGCGCUGCCAGCAGAUCGCCCAGGCCACCCAGACCCGAAUCGAGCUCAGCGAGUCCAAGGACGGGUCCCUCACCGUCAUGAUCAAGGGCACCCGGCCGCACGUGGAGGAGGCGCACGCCAAGAUCGUUCGCGAACUUCAGACCCAACUUUCCAAGGAGAUCGAGAUCCCCAAGGAGCACCACCGCAUUCUGAUCGGCAAAGCAGGCGAAACUCUGCGACAGCUGGAGGCCGAGACAAACUGCCGUAUCCAUAUCCCGGGUCGUGAUGACGCCCACAAGGCGAUCAAGGUUACGGGGCCCCGCGACGGAAUCGAGAAGGCGCUCGCCCACAUCAAGCGCGUCUCCGAUCAACAAGCCAAGCUCGCCGUCGAGAAGAUCCGUUGCCCGAAGGUGCUGAUCCCUUGGGUCCGCGGGCCCAACAAUGAGCUGCAUGAUCAACUCGUCGCCGCGCACAGUGUCAAGAUCAACAUCCCGCCCCCGGCUGCCACCGAUGAGACGAUCGUCAUCACUGGAGAACGGGAGGGUGUCGCCAAGGUCGCCGCCACGCUCAAGCAGAUCAUUUCGGAGAAGGAGCGCGUCGUCAAGAGUGUUACUUGCGAGGUCGCCCGAGCUCAACAUCGUUACGUCAUCGGCCAGCAGCGCAGCGGUCUCCACGAGAUUCUGCGUGAAACCGGUGUCAGCGUCGAGGUGCCGAACGAGGAUCAAAACAGCGACACUAUCACCCUUCGCGGAGAUCCCGCAAAGCUCGGAGAUGCGCUUGCUCGCGUCAUCUCGCGCGCCUCUUCCGUCAUCACCGCACAGGUUGCUGCCCCCACAUGGCUACACAAGCACCUGAUUGGCCCGAAAGGCACGACUUUGGCUGCCCUCCUCCCCAACCGCGACAAGGUGCACGUUGACUUCGACGAUUCGGGCGCAAUCUUCCUCGAGGGCCCGCCCGGCGAGGUCAAGGCCGUCCAGGAAACGCUCUCCGGCGAGGUGACCCGUCUCACCAAGGACAUGGCCAUCGAGAAGAUCAAGGUCCACCCUACCCUCCACCGUCACGUCAUUGGACGUGGUGGCGCUCUCAUCGGCAAGAUCAAGGACGAGACUGGCGUGCAGAUCACGGUGCCCAACGAGAAGACGAACAGCGAUGAGAUCAUCGUUGAGGGCAAGAAGGCCGGCGUGCAAAAGGCCGUGUCCGAAAUUCGCCAGAUCGUCUCCAAGAUCGAGAACGAGAAGUCCCGCGACAUCAUCAUCGAGCAGCGCUUCCACAAGUUGAUCAUCGGCCAGAAGGGAGGCGAGAUCCAAAAGCUCCGCAACACCUACCCCUCGGUCGUCUUCUCCCUGCCCGAGGCUAACAAAAAGAGCGACGUGAUCAACCUUCGCGGUGAUAAGAACGAGGUCGACAAUGCCUACAAGCAGCUGCAAAAGAUUGCCAAGGACUUGCUCGAGAGCAACUACCAGGAAUCCGUUCCUGUCUUCAAGGAGUUCAUCAAGCACAUCGUCGGCAAGGGUGGCGUCAACAUUCGCAAAAUUCGCGACGAAACCAACACCCGCAUCGAUAUGUCAGAGGGAGGCAGCACCGACGACAAGAUCUACGUCACCGGCAAGAAGGAGAACGUCGAGAAAGCGGUUGCUCAGAUCGAGAAGAUCCAAAGCGAACUCGCAUCCAUCGUCAACCUCGAAGUUAUCAUCCCGGUCAAGGUGCAAUCUCGUCUGCUCGGCGGUGGGCGCCGUCUCAUUCUCGACAUCCAAGAGGAAUGCGGUGGCGUGCACAUCAAGUUCCCCUCGGAGAAGAGCGAGUCCGAAAAGGUGACCGUCCAGGGACCCCAAGCUGAUGCCGAGAAGGCCGUGGCACUCCUCGAGAAGAUGGCCAAGGAUAAGCUUGACACCCAUGAGGACACGCUCAAGGCCAAGCCCGAGUUCCACCGCUUCCUCAUCGGAAAGGGAGGAUCCCGCAUCAACAAACUGCGCGAGCAGUACGAUGUGCGCGUGAUGUUCCCGCGCGAGGACGACCAGGACAAGGAGACCAUCCACCUCCUGGGCAAGAAGGAAGACGUUGAGUCGACCAAGAAGGAGCUGGAGGCCCUGAUCAAGCAGCUCAAUGAGACCGUUGAACUGACGGUCGAGGUCCCGGCCAAGUACCACAAGAACUUCCUGCUCCGCGGUGCGCAUCUAGUCAAGGAGAUUCAGGACUUGAAUGGUGGUGUGCAGAUCUCGUUCCCGAAACAGGCUGAUGGCGGGUCGACUGUGACGAUCAAGGGCUCGAAGCAAUGCGCCGAGUCUGCCAAGCAGCGUAUCGAGGAUGUCGUCGAAGAUUUCGAGCACCACGCCUCCAUUCAGGUCGAGAUCCCUGCUCAGUACCACCGCUCCAUCUUGGCCGGCCGCGGCCAGAAGGUUCACGAUCUGCAGACCCAGCACGGCGUUCACAUCCGCUUCCCGGACCGUCGUCAAGAGAACGCUGAAAACGGCCCUGAUGCAAACAUUGUCACGAUCAGCGGACGCGACACCAAGUGUGAGGCAGCUCGUGAGGCCCUGCUCGCUCUGGUUCCGAUUAGCAAGCGGGUCACCGUUCCCUUCGAGAUGCACCGCUUCCUUAUUGGCCGUGGUGGCGAAACUGUGCGCAAGAUCAUGCAAGACUGCGACGUCAACAUCGCCAUCCCGAAGGAGGAGCAGCAGACGGAGGAGAUCACCAUCACCGGGGCCCACGAAGCCGUCGAGUUGGCCAUCCAGGCCAUCGAUGAGAAGCGCGUCGAGUUCGAUGCCCAGGCCGAGGACCGCCGCCUGAAGAGCUGGGAGCUGGAGCUUGAGAUUCCCGCCAUCUACCACCAGAAGAUCAUCGGACCUCGCGGAGCCACCGUCAACCAGAUCCGCCAGAAGCACGACGUCCAGAUUUCGCUGCCACGCGGCGAGGACCGUUCUGACAAGAUCACCAUCCAGGGAUAUGAAGCCAACGCGCGUGCCUGCGCCGAAGAAAUCGAGGAGAUGCUCGCCGCCCUCAAGUCGAUGGUCACUCAAGAAAUCUCGCUCGAUGCCCGCUUCCACCCGCGUCUCAUCGGCCAACGCGGCAAGAACCUGAAGCGCGUCAUGGACGAAUUCGGCGUCGAAAUCACGCUGUCCCGCGAUGACGCCGACCCGAACAAGGUCGUGGUGGCCGGAAAGAACGAGGACUCCGUCUGGGACUGCAUCGACUACCUGCGCCAAGAGGAGGAAGACUAUCUCGCCGAGCACCAGGACCGCAGCCAGUACAUGUCGCAGCGUGCCCCGGUGGCCGAGCAGAAACCCAAGCAGCAAUCCGUCCAAACUACCGGUUCUACAGGCAGCCAGUUUGUCCUGCACCCUACCGGUAUCAUUAUUUAUUUCUGGAAUCCAACGCUGCCGAUGACGCUUAUGUGGUUUCGGCGCCAUAAUUCACAAUCGGCGAAUGGCGAUGGUCAAUGGGGAUUUACGAGAGAGAUGGGCAGCGCGGAAGCUGAAUGCAAAUUUCUGAAUCGACUGUUGGUGACGUUGCCUCAACAUCGAGUCUCCUUCACCUGUCACGGCGGUGAUGGGCCGAAUGCGCCUAUCUAUCGCGAUGCGUUGUGCGUGUAUCGCAAAUCGACGACUGUUUCCCGCGGUGAACCUUUGGAAGAACUUUGUCCGAUACUACGAGAAGAGCGACUCCGACCCCGUCAACCUCAUCACAUGGCGCUUUCGUUCCGCCCGGUACCAGCCAAUCCGGGGUAUUGCGCAGUGUUCGAGCAGAUUGCCCACAUUCCGAGAAUUUCCUUCGGUCUAGGCUACGGUUUCAACAAUUGCUGGGUGCCGGCCUUGGAAGUGGCCACACUGAUCCUCGAAGCCGCUUUAGUUACGUAUCGUCCCAUCGGGGAUACAGCGCGAAUCACGACGAUUGGGAUCGAAACCUGGCUUGAACAUGAUCAACAGCCGGCUGAAUACCGUCUCACCGAUGCACUGCGGACCCUCCUCGAAAACAGCCUUAGCGCCACCGACGAAGUGUCGUUCUAUCGCAAAACUACGCUACUUACCGGUCUUCUACGCCCGCCUGGCAAGGCCAUUAUCGACAAAGUCAAAAUUGUUCUCGCACAAAAUUGCGAGCCCGGCCACGUGGAGCUUCGACGAGAGAAGGGGUGGCUGAAUAGGUACGAUUGCGUGGAGAAAUGGCCGAAAGAAGAAGAAACCGGGAUUUCACCA